AUGCGUGAAGAUGAUGAAAGUCAGGUCUCACCUCUGACAGCAUCCGAAAUAUAUUUACGAAGCGACGAAAGAUCAUCAUCAUCAUCAGCACCAUAUCAUGGUCCGCGGCACCAGCAGGAAACCAGCAAACUGAUUGUUUAUGUCCUGAUAACAUUUGCCUCCUUCAUGACAAUUUUCAUAAUUUUCGGUUCGAUAUUCUUCCUAGCCAGGUCUCCAAAAGCCAGGCUUCGGUCAGUGACCAUCACAAACUUACAAGCAAACAGCAACGCGAGCUCCUUCAACAACACGAAUCUUGCUACACUGAACAUGACAAUGACAGGUGAAAUCACUAUCGAUAACGGCAAAAAUUUUGGCAGAUUCGAACUGGAGAACCAUAAGGCUAGCGUUAUCUACGAAAAUGUGAGCAUGGGUGAGGGAGACGUUUUCGGUGGAAAUUUCGGAGCUGGAAAAACUGGAUCGAGGAAUAUUACGGUGCAAGUGAGGUCAAAUGAAUAUUUGUCGAAUAAUACGAAUUUUAAGCGAGAAAUCGAAUCAGGGUUUGUGAGCUUGAUCAGCUAUGGGAGGUUGCGAGGUAAAGUUCAUGUCACAGAUGUUAUUAAAAAGCACAAAAUUGCGGUAUUGAAUUGUACGAUGACCUUGAAUUUGAGAGACAAGGCAAUACAAGAUUUGGUUUGUACGUAA